CCCGGCCUGGCCACACCUCUCCGUCUCUCUCUAUGAUAUCCCUCAUCCCCUGAUGGGCACCUCAUCACACUGUGCCACAAGUCCACCGUCGUCGCUAACAACCACACCACGCCACUAACCACCGGCCAUCGCCAUGGAGAUGAAACAGUCAAUGAUGAUGGACAGAGAGAAUGAAGGAGGGGAGAAAGAGAAGGGGGAGGAGUCAUCGCAGGAGAACGGCAGACUCAUGCUGGCUGACGGAGGGGUGGCAGAGAAGGGAGACCCCAAAGUGAACUCUGGUGGGGGGUCAGGAGGGGUGUCCAAUGGGUACCCCACGUCCACAGCACCGAGCCCCAAGGAGGGAGCGGGGGGUGUACCCGCAGGGGCCCUCAGGACUCUGGUGGUCCAGCAGACCAGUCUGGACCAGCCCCGGGAGACCUGGAGUAAGAAGAUGGACUUUCUGUUGUCUGUGAUUGGCUACGCCGUGGACCUGGGAAAUGUGUGGCGCUUUCCCUACAUCUGCUACCAAAACGGCGGAGGUGCCUUCCUGCUGCCCUACAUGUUGAUGGCGGUAUUCGGUGGCGUGCCUCUGUUCUACAUGGAGCUGGCACUGGGGCAGUUCCACCGCAGCGGCUGCAUCUCCAUCUGGAAACACAUCUGCCCCAUCUUCAAGGGUAUCGGCUUCGCCAUCUGCAUCAUAGCGCUGUACAUUGCGUUCUACUACAACACCAUCAUGGCGUGGGCCCUGUACUACCUGCUGGCGUCGUUCCGGCCCACCCUGCCCUGGACCACGUGCUCCAACCCCUGGAACACGGUCAACUGUCUCCGCUACCUGUCCACCGACAGCAACGUCACCUGGACCAACACGUCCACCUCGCCCGCCGAGGAGUUCUAUACGCGUCAGGUACUGCAGGUACACCUGUCCCCAGGCCUGCACCAGCUCGGCAGUGUGAGUUGGCAGCUGGCUCUCUGCCUCCUGUUCAUCUUCACCAUCGUCUACUUCAGCAUCUGGAAGGGAGUCAAGACCUCUGGCAAGGUGGUGUGGGUGACAGCCACCUUCCCCUACCUUGUCCUGCUGGUGCUACUCGUUCGUGGGGCCACACUGCCUGGAGCCUGGAGGGGCGUGGUCUUCUACCUCAAACCUGAUUGGGGGAAACUACUCAGCACCACAGUCUGGAUUGAUGCUGCAGCUCAGAUCUUCUUCUCUCUGGGGCCAGGUUUCGGGGUUCUCCUGGCCUUUGCCAGCUACAACCCCUUUCACAACAACUGUUACAAGGAUGCGUUGCUGACCAGCUCAGUGAACUGCCUGACCAGUUUCCUCUCUGGGUUUGUCAUCUUUACCGUGCUCGGCUACAUGGCUGAGAUGCGCAAAAUAGGCGUGGAGACCGUAGCCAAGGAUGCUGGUCCCAGUCUGCUGUUCAUCAUCUAUGCUGAAGCCAUCGCCAACAUGCCCGCUGCCACCUUCUUCGCCAUCAUCUUCUUCCUCAUGAUCAUCAUGCUGGGGCUGGACAGCACGUUUGCCGGUCUGGAGGGGGUGAUCACAGCCAUGCUGGAUGAGUUCCCCCAGUUGUUGUCUAGGAGGAGGGAGUGGUUUGUCCUGGGCCUGGUGUGUGUCUGCUACCUGGGAGCGCUCUCCACCCUCACCUACGGAGGUGCGUUUGUGGUGAAACUGUUUGAGGAGUAUGCCACGGGACCUGCUGUCAUCACUGUGGUCUUCCUAGAAGUCAUCGCCGUUUCCUGGUUCUACGGCACGAGUCGUUUCUGUGCUGAUGUCCAUAUGAUGCUGGGCUUCUCUCCUGGAUUGUUCUGGAGGGUGUGCUGGGUGGCCAUCUGCCCAAUAUUCCUACUGUUCAUCAUUGUCAGUUUCCUGGCGUUCCCCCCGGAGGUCAAGUUGUUUGACUACGUCUACCCACCUUGGACCACAGUUCUGGGCUACUGCAUCGGAGUUUCCUCCUUCAUCUGUGUACCAGCCUACAUGGUGUACCACCUGCUCACUGCCAAAGGGACCUUUAAACAGCGUCUCCUGAAGGGCAUCACCCCUGUACCCAGUGGGCCUCACAGUGACAUUAUCAUCACCCACGCCGUCUGACCCAGUGGUCUGACCAGGCCCGGUGGACUACACCCCCCUCUGCUGGACAUAGAGCACAACUGCAGGAUGGGGAGGGUUCGUCCCUUCCCCCGCUUCUCCUCCAAAACACCCACAGCAGACUUCAGCACUAAGGCACCCCGUCCAUCCCACUGACCCCAGGGGUGAGGUGGAGUGCCGGGCCACACUGUCUGCAGCAUCCCACCCCUCCUCCCGUCAUCUCCCUCCUGGCUCAUUCUGUUAGCUAACCGUUAGCGGCUAAUGGCGUCACUGUUUUCAUACUGGCCCACGCUGGUCAGAGCAUUUCAACCACCCGACAGAGGGUUUUCGAUGCCACAGCACAAUGACAUGUGUACUGUUACAAUUGGAAUCCAUCCAUUCAGUAUGAUUCAUAAACAUACACACGCACUCUUCCUUGUCUCUGUUCUGUCAGGUCCACUUUUAUAUCACAAACAAACGUCUCACGGCUUCAUUUGACCUUCGAUCCUUGUUUCAUGAGUUCUGCUUUCAGAUAUUUAGCCGGACAUUGAUUGCAAAAUCCAGGAAUCUUUUUACAUGUCUAAAUGAAGCCAAAUGUUCCAUGGAUAUUUCUACAGGUAUUUCCAGAUGUGAGCUGUUGUCAUGUUUUAGAAUGACUUGGUGGGAGCUUGUCAGUGUUUCUGAACGGGAACGGGAUGGCUGAACCUAUGAAGGGCCUUGAUGAGUGUCAGAGCGUCUCCACACGGUGAAGCGGUGUAUGUUGGUGUAGUAUGACGCACUGCAGUACUGAUUAUGCUCUGUAAGCAUAUCCAGGUUGUUGGGGGAACAUAGAGACAAGUUCAGAAGAGAACACAGGGCUUUGUCCAGUCGUAUGUGGGGGGAUUCUUGAGUUGCAGUAUGGAAGGCUCUGGUUUGUGUGUGUGUUGGCUUGUUGUGUGUGUGUGUGCGUGUGCGUGUGUGUGUGUGUGUUUCAGAAAAAAUUGGAAGGAACGUGGGGAGAAGCUACCCUGUGCAGAUUAGAAGGAGUCGUGGGUUAUAUCAUUGCAAUAUACAUAUAUAUAUUUAUUUUAAAUAAUUAUUAUUGCUGUCAAAUCUAUGUAUGCUUUCAUGUAAUUUACCAAAAACUGACAUGCUGAUUUAGUCUCUUAAUAUGUAAAACACCAUUUACAUGUGCAUUACUUAUAGUGGGAACCAAAUAUCGAUCACAACAAUUUUCAUCUCCAUCGCUCAGUCCUCAAGGUUGCGUCUGAAACAGGUAUCUGUCUUUACUCUCUACCAAAUCAUCUGUUGUGUGUUGGACUGGGAGUAAAAAUAUGGCAUGUACGUGUGUAUUAGUCUUGGUAUCGGUGUAUGUCUCUUUGUUCUGUGAAUACCUGUCUACUCUCUUGGAUGCAUUACUGUAUGUUUGUGUGUGCCUCAGACCUGGGUUCAAAUACUAUAGGGAAUCUUUCAAAUACUUUGUGUUUUCUUUAGCCUGCCUAAGGCCAGAUGGGUGGGGUUUGUUUUAGCCUGUCUAGGGCCAGAUGGGUGGGGUUUGUUUUAGCCUGCCUUGGGCCAGAUGGGCGGGGUUUGUUUUAGCCUGCCUCGUGCCAGAUGGGUGGGGUUGUUUUAGCCUGCUUAGUGCCAGAUGGGCGGGGUUUGUUUUAGCCUGUCUAGUGCCAAAUGGGCGGGGUUUGCAGGUUUGCGACUGUUCUAUUUGUUCCAUUGAACCAGGCAGUCAAAUCUGAAGUAUUUGAAAGGAUUUCAAAUAGUAUUUUAACUCAGGAUUGGUGUAUGUGUGAGCGUGCAUACAUGAGUGUGUGCGUGUGUACAUUAUGAAUGGAAGUAGCAGUGUCGGACUUUGUGAGUGUGUGCAUGCCAAUGUGUGUAACCUGUGCUUCAACUUGUGUCUGUGAAGUGACCUUCUCUCGUCUUGUACUUCGCCAAAAUAUCCAAUGAAGAUGAUGUUAACAUCCCUCCGUUGUACCUCUCGAGCCUACAUAAUGUAUGAUCUAUGUGCGUCUGUAAAAGAUUGUAUUGAGAAAUAAACCUGUAUAGAAGAAAGAUAUAAAUAUAUAUGAAUUAAUAGAUAAAUAAAGUUAAGAUGUAAAUGAGUA